UCCAUCCAUCCCUUCUGCGCACCGGUUCAAGAUUGGGGAUUGCAACAACGCUUUUUCUUACCCAUCGUUCUAUACCUACCUACCUGCCUGCCUACCUGCCUACACACAGGGCACAUAAGUUAUAUAACAGGAAAUUCACCGCUAGACACCGCCGCAAUAAUGAAGCUAGUCCGGUACGUUUCCGGGCAAUCAUCAAUUCAACUCAACGGUAGCAUAACUGAUAAUACUUACUCUCUCUCUCUCCCGUGUAGUUUCUUGAUGAAAUGUCAAAACGAAACCGUCACAGUCGAGCUCAAGAAUGG